UAUUUGGAAGCCAAACUGCUGUUCACCAGACGACAUGAGUCAAUAUUGCCCUUUACUAGCCUAGCCCUAGUGUUACUGUUAGCCAUCGCUGUUUAGCUGCAAAGAAAGCAGAGCUGAGCUUGUACCAUUGCUGCCACUAAGCUACUACUAGCAAACAACGUCUCCCGUUUUACUAAUAUAAUUGUAGGUAAUGUAUGUGUCUGACAUAAAAAGAAUAUUGCAUUAGCAUUUAACAUAUUGUCCAAGAGGUGAGGAUAAAUGAACACAGUGCAUCAUUAGCUACUAGCCUCAGUCAAAGUUAGCAUUUAGCCUUCGCUGGAUUGGGAACUAGCCAAGCUGAAAAAUUGCCGACAUUUCCAAAUAUCAAGACAACGCAUAUGUUUACUAAAGACUCGUCUGGAAGUUGGAGCUGAGAGGCGACUACACAGCAGCUGAAGAACUACUGACGCUGUUUUGUGGAGAAUGUCUUCGACAUUAUUCUACAACCAGGACAGUGUUAUGCGCCUCAAGAAAAGGAAAGCCCGGUUUACUUUCAGUGAGGUUCACAUACUUUUGGAUGAAGUGAGGAAACAUCGCUCAGUGGUUGUAGGAAAAUUCAACCGCGGUGUCGGAACAGACUUGAAAAAGCGCACAUGGGCUGAAAUUGCAGCCCGAGUCAACGAGAUCGGCGAGUGCCAGCGAGAGGUCAUUGAGGUUGUUAAGAAAUGGUCGGACCUGAAGUGUGACACCAAGCGGAAAGUUGCUGCCAUGCGGUCGGGCAAAGUGCCAAAUCGGGGCAUGAACUCCCGUCUUUCUAAAGACCUUACUCAAACAGAGAAAGUAGUGCUUCAGAUUCUGGAGAUGGACCAAGAAGACCAGAUUAGCAGUGACUUAGGCCCCCUUUGUGAUGAUGAUGAUGAAGAACUGGAGGAGGACGACAUGGUCGGAAUGCAAAGUUCACCCAACGGUGCUGACGAGUUGUCUAUGCCUCCUUCAACGUCGUACACUUCAAGUGGAUUUGCACAAUCAGGGGACUCAUCGCAGACAGCCUUUGAUAUGCAGUUUGAAAUACCUGCUUCAGAAGAUUGGGACGAGGACCGUCAAGAUGACGCGCUGCCGUCAAGCCGGUCUACUAAACUCCGAGGGAGUUACCAAGGAAACAACGGCCUCCCGAAACAAGAGCAACCUCAUACUUCUUCUGGCGCUUCAACCUCAGCCUCACUUCCAAUCACUGGUCAGCCAACCGACGUGAGAGAAAGCAUGCUCCACAAUGCGUCACUCAGCCUCCACGAACAGCACGCCACCAACGUCCUGCUUGAAACGGUUUCCCGUUCCCUGGAGCUUUUGUCUGAGUCGGUGCAGCAGCUGGCAGAGACUCAGCAGGAGUUUGUGCGAGAGUCCCUGCAGCUCCAACGAGAAACGGUCCAAGUUCUGAGAGACUUUACGGGCGGCGCCAUCACUUUCAUGCAUGACAAACUGAAUGGACGGCCUGCGUUAUAGCAUCAUCUUGCCAGAUGUGUUCCUGACUUUAUAUAUGGCCUUCAGCCACAGAAACCUUCAAGUUCCUUUGGAUUUUUACACUGGUUACUGUUCUGACGACAGUACGCAACAGAUAUUCCAUUAUGGGUUUAGAAAGCCUGUCUGAGGGUUCAAUUUUUUGGUUGUUUUCUUUUGCUACUGAGAGAAGAGAUACUCGUGUCACUGCGUUGUAAAGCAUGUACCACUUUUUAAAGCCGUUCCUUGUUUUAUUGCUGACAUUCAAGAAUGGGUCAUUGAAUUUGAAAUGUCAAAUUCCGCGCCUUUGUCCAUAAGUGUUCUCUUGCUUUGUGUCUGUGUAUAAGGUAUCACUCAUACUGUAACAUUGAGUAGUUUUCAGCACCUGACCAUUAUAUGGUCCAUAUAUCUUAAAAUUAUACAUGACUCAUGAUUUUUACAACCUAUACUGCGUUAUUAUAUUAGAAUGUCCGAAAAUGAAACCUUUUCUUUUAGACGUUAAAUAAACUGUGUAAAACUUUGGGGAGUUUUUUUCAACCACCAUCACUUAGAAUUUAUUUAUUACUUUGUAUGUCUAUUUUUUUGUAAUUUGGAUGACGAUUUAUGAGAGGAGUGAGUGCUUUAAACAGAUAACCUCUGU